UUGACCUCGCGACUUUUCUGAUUCCUCCCCUUCCCCUUCACUCGAAUCCUCCCUUUCGUUCUCCUCCCGUUUUCGGUUCGAACCGUGACGCGAUCGGGUGCUGGUGCUGGUGUUGUUGAUAGUGGUGGGUGAUAGUUUCGUGUCCUUGGUGCUGGUGUCGGUGGUCGAUGGUGGUCGCUGAAUCUGACAACUGGAGGAACUCACCCUCGAGUAGGGUCCUUUCGACUGGCGAGGUGGGGAGGAUCUUCGGACCAUGGCGUCUUAUAGGAGCUACGGUGACACUGGCGCCUACCGAUCCAGAGUCGGCAUCGCUGCCGGCACAUUUGGGAGAACAGCUUCUUCGACAGGAAGUAGUCUGCCUAGCUGCAGGAACAACUACAUCGGUUCCGCUUCCAGUCGGGCUCUUGCCAAGGACAGGGUUUCCGGCUUUGGAAACGCGUUUUUGAAGAAGGACAAGUCGGAGGAGAAACCUAGCUUUAAAUAUUCCACUGCCAAAGAUGCCGAUAAAAGCAGACUGCACCCGGGCAGGUCAUCCACGGAGGACGUAAGGGCGAAAAGCCCAUUAUCGAACAGCAGAUCCUCCCUGUUCGAGAAGUACUCGUUUCCAGCUGCUAAAACUUCAGACAGACCAGCCUCCGUCUUGGACAGAUAUAACCGUGCCACUUCUCGCGAGAAGAGCAGAGAGCCCGAAGGAGUAUCCCGAUACGGAUCCAAUACGUAUCCCGGAUCAGGCUUGGCUCGAAGUUAUGGAAACGAAAGUAGAAUCGAGAAGAAAGAGAGAGCCGACCAUCCACCGGUUUCCUAUCGAGGAUUACGGCCUAACUCCGGAAGAAGUUCACGUGAGCCUAGCCCGGAAGUCAGCGUCGGAAAAUCGAACUCCUUCAGGAUGUAUCCGAGAGCGUCCUCUUAUGGCCGUUCCGGUGCCUCUUCCAGUGCCUCCGAAUCCAGUUCGACGCCCAUCUCCUCCAGAUACGGCUCCACAGCAACCCCCAGGUUCCUCUCCACUCGAAGUAACGAUCGAGUUCCCGCGGCCAUAAGCUACUCCGGAUCGGACAGGUUCCGAACUACAGGCAGUAAGCCCGUGCCGGCGAGCUCGAAGAAAGAGGACGUAACAAAACCUCCCGAGAAGGUUCCCGUUCAAGAAUCAUUCGCGUCCAAACCCGAAGAACUCGAAGUCGACAGACUUCAAGAAAGCGAGACGGUAACUGUGACGAUGAUCACCAGAGGCACUUCACCGAGUCCGCCAGCCUCUUCCUCCUUCGUACGAAACAGAAGAGCAGACAUAGGUAUCGCGAAUCAGAAGGAAGUAGCAAGGGUUCGGAAAAAAGAGUCGAAGGAUCAGGAGGUUCAGUGCGAGAAGAUGGAGGACUCUAGGUUCCUGCGAUACGGUGGCGGUGGACGAAUAGCGGGUGCUCCGUGGUCGACGUACAUAGACAAAUUUUCCUCUUCGAACCCGAGCGGAAGUCCCACGUACGCGAGAGGAUUCAACAGCGGUGGAGGAAACAGAGUGAACAGUUUCGCGUUCAGGUCGGAAAACGGAGCUUCGAGGAACGACGCCCUGAAGGUGUCUCCUAAUUCUAGUCAAGAGAUCAACAGGAACCAGAACGAGCAGGGUAAGGUGUUCGGUCUAGGCUUUUCGAAGGCUAAUGGUGGACAGGAGAACUCUAGAAAGGACCAACCGGAGGGUAAAUUGCCAAAUACUUGCUCCGUUGGAAAGACCGAAGCCAAAGGUGGUCGUCUAGCGAGCCCGAAGACGUUCAACAACGAUUGUUCGUCACAACAAUCCGGUAUUGCGAAGUCGCAAGAAUCCAGGGAAAGCGUGUCCAAGGGAGAGGAGACGCAAAGUUCCAGAGAAAGUUCCGCCUCUAAGAGCGAGAGUUGCAAUCAAAGAAGACCAUCUAUACCCAGGCUGGGUCGCACGCCGAAGAACGACGUUAAGAUCGUCAGGUCUUCGUCGAGUUCGUCGACCAAGUCUGACGGACUUCGAGAAAGAAGGGGUUCCACGCCUAAGUCUGAGUCCAACUCGUUGUCUAAGCUGGACGAAUCUUCCAGGAUUGUUGAGGGGCACUGCAAAGAACAGAGUGAAACGCCGCCCCUGAAGAACGACAAUGUUUCGCGCGGCAAAGACCCCUUUCAGAGUUCAUCCCAAAGUCGAUCAACAACGCCCCAGUCCCGCAGUGGAUCGUCAAAGAAUCUCCCUCGUCAAAUGACGCGAACGGACUCGUCAGACAGUUCCGCUGUAAAUGUGCCAAUUGGCAGAUCGAAAUCCUCGUCAGCCAGUUCGACGACGAGUCAGGGUGCAAAAAUAAAGGCGACAUCGACGCCUUCGUCGCCAGGGAAAUCGUCGGUCGGUUCGAGCGCGUCCUCAGUGAAUCUGAGACAAGGCGGUUCGCCGGAUGCUCGUGGUAAACCACCUGUCCCGAAGAGCGACGCCGCAUCCGCGUCCGCGUCCAAAAGCAUCGUGCCAGUGAAAUACGUGAACAAGGACUUUCGCAAGUCGACCCUGAACAUGGAGAACGGUGACCCGUCGCGGUCCAAGUACAGCAGGAAAAAGAAGAGUAACCAACGAAGCGUGUCCGUCAGCUCUCAAGAUUCGCAAUCCGAACCGAAUUCCGAACCGAUUCGACAGGCUGUUCCCUCGGACUCUUCGAGUUCCGCAAAGUCGAACAGGUCGAGGCUGCGAAUGCCGUCGAGUACGUCGAAGACGAUCAUGAAGAGCGACUCGACGAGCAAUUCGUUCAGGCCCGAGAAAUCGAGAAGCAGCUCGAAAUCACCGUCCGCUAGAAGACAGAAAGAAGGAACAUCGAGUUCCAGCAGCAACGAGUCGAACUCUUCGAAUUCGUCGAGUAGCGAGGAGGAUGACGAGAACCAGAGGAGAUCCAGCUCCAGACGUCGUAGGAAACGAUCAUCCAAGUCACCGUUCUGCGACAAGAAGGGCAAAAUGAGCGCCGGGUCGUCUAGGACCAGCGUGUUAGCUUCGUCCGCCGACGAGAUGUCCUUGACCAUGGACAAACCUCCGCGACCGCCGUCUAGUCCAAGAUCCAGAAGCGAUCGUUCAGGGAAAACAGAGGAAGCCAAGUCGUUUCUCAUGAGAGCUCUCGCGCCAGUGACGAACCUCUUCAAGAAUAAACAUCAGGAUUCCAGCGAGUCCGGUAAAUCAGGUGGUUGGCUGGAUUCCAACGAAGAGUGUACGGACGUAAAGAAGUCGGAACAGAGCGGUACGUCCUUGUCCAAAAGUCUAUCGAAGAGCUUCAGCUUCACGAACUCGGAGAAGAACGACGACAGAAGACAACAGACCGGCGCUAGGAUAAGACGCAAUUACUCCGGGGAACAGCCUUGGUGGAUGGAUCCGAACUGCGACAACGUUCCUGAAGGCGUCGAAACAGGAAGCGUGUGUAACGACGACAUUAGCCAAGAAACGACCGUCAGCGGUGCUUUACCUGACGAUGGAAAAUUUAAAUACAAAGUAUGGAGACAAGAAUCGGAGGAGCGAGUCUGGUGGUUAGAUUCGAACGACAGUGUAGCGUCGGAGGACGCUAGGAAACAGUGCUCGACGAUAUCGCGACAGGAAUCAGGGGAGAAAUCGUGGUGGUUAGAUUCCAACGAUAGCGGGCCGUCGGAUGAAACGAAGAAACAAUCUUCCUCGGCAGCCUCGAUGCACGACGCGAGAGACAGAGCACGUUGGUUAGAUGGAAACGACAGACAAACCUCGGAGGAAUCGAAAAAAUCGUCGUGUUCGACAGGGUGGAGGCAAGAAUCCGUUGAAAGAGCUUGUUGGAACGACGGUGUUCCGUCGGACGAAUCGAAAAAGCCGUUCUCCUCUGCUUCUCCCGCACAGAAACGAGAAUCUAGUCGUAGCAGCACCCGAUCCAGCGAUAAAAGAAGUCGGAUCAAGCAUCAGCAAUCCGGAGAACGAGCUUGGUGGAUGAGCGACGAUCCCGAUAACGUACCUGAAGGAAUAGAAGUGAUUCCAGUGGCCACAGACAGUGCUCGAAACACCAGCGACUAUACGGACGAAGUGGACGACAGUCAAUCUUUCGGGAGGAUAUUUAAUAAAGUCAGACAUAUCGAGUCCGGAGAGAAACCGUGGUGGAUGGACAGCUCGUCGAACGUUCCUGAUGGGGUCGUUAAAAUUCCGGUGGAAACUUCAAACAGCACGUCAGACUCGUCCGAGUCGUUCGAGAGAAUCGAUAUUGGCGUUAACCCUGAACCUGAGAUAUACACCAAGAGAAGCCUUUCUAGAUUCCCUAUCGAGUUUCCGCCACCUCCGCCCGACGAGCCACUCGGGGAUCGCGCCAGUCCCGAAGGGGUGGAAAAUCCUCCCGAUCCGCCAGACAAUUACGGCGGACGCGACUCGCCUUACGACAACGUGCAGCCAUCAGCACCCCGCAGAUCGUCGCCAAGGAAACGACCGUCCACGUUACCGUUGUUCAUCGGCGAGCACACCAACAUCGAUGACCUUUUGGGCGACACCACUAACCUCUGUCCCAGUCCUGUCUUGUCUCGCCUUCGCAAACGCGAAUGCAUCGAAGAGGAUUCCAGCGAGGAGAGCUCGGAGUGCGAAGAGAUCGAUGCCACCCAAGUGAUCAUCCACGACAGCACACCCCAGACGCCGGUGAUACAGCGACGACAGCGGGACAACGAGAGACCACAACCCGAUGGCUACAUUCCGCUCGAUGACACGGCGCUCCAGUUAUACAAAGACGGCGAUUAUGGUGCCUACUUGGACCUCGAAGCCUCCAUCUCUGAGCAGCAGGAAGAGUUCGAGGGCUUCCAGACAAAUCGAAAGAACUCGAUCGUUCUCAGGACACAGCUGUCCGUGAGGGUGCACACCAUCAUAGGUGAGUAUCGAAGAAGACUCGAUUUGAAUCUAACCGCCACACUCCCACGAUCCACUUCGAUGGAUCAUCCGAUCCACCAUUCCUCGACCUCUAACCACCAUCGCUGGGUCAAAUCUUGCUCUACUUAAUACCUUGUUUCAACUUGAUCAUUGCUACUGUCUUCACGUGUUUCGUGAGCUGUCGUGAAGUUUAUAUGUUAAUAAGAGUAACAUUUAGAUGUUAAUCAGAUAUUAACCUCGGAUGUUGUUGGUUGCAACUGGAACAGAUAACUGAUUGGCCUGUUUCGGAUAGCCUACAUAAUUUCGUGACACUGGGAUAAAAUUACUAACCAUAGCAAAU